ACCACAGAUGAAGAAAUACUGUACACUGUCUUUGGUUCAAGGUUUGAUUUCGGUGACAGCGCUCCGCUCUAUCGGGUUUUGAGAGCUUGGAAUACGGUUACUGAGGCGGACAGCCCCGCUGUAGAGAGCCAAGAUGAUGAACAUGUGGAAAGUCCGGGAAUUGGUUGAUAAAGCAACCAAUGUGGUGAUGAACUACUCUGAGGUGGAGACUAAGGUGAGGGAGGCCACCAACGAUGACCCCUGGGGACCUUCAGGACAGCAGAUGGCAGAGAUUUCCAGAUGUACAUUUAUGUAUGAGCAGUUUCCUGAGGUGAUAAACAUGCUUUGGAACAGGAUGCUCCGGGACAACAAGAAGAACUGGAGAAGGGUCUACAAGUCUCUGCUGUUGUUGUCCCACCUCAUCAGGAACGGUUCAGAGAGAGUUGUCACCAGCGCCAGAGAACACAUCUACGACCUACGAUCUCUAGAGAGCUACCACUUCGUAGAUGAGAACGGUAAGGACCAGGGAGUGAACGUACGUCAGAAGGUGAAGGAGAUGGUGGAUCUAAUCCAGGAUGAUGAUAGACUGAGAGAGGAGAGGAAGAAGGCAAAGAAGAACAAAGACAAAUACAUUGGAGUGUCCUCUGACAGUAUUGGGGGAGGGUUCAGCAGAUACACGGGUGAUCGCUAUGACUCCAGCAGCUCUGGCGGUAAUGAGGGAAGCAGCCGAGGGAAGUGGGAUGAGGACUGGAAGAGAGACCAAGGCCAGUUCCCCUUCAGUGAGAAACUGGGGGAGAUCAGUGAUAAGAUCGGCAGCACCAUCGAUGACACAAUCAACAAGUUCAGGAAGCAGAGCAGAGACGAUUCACCAGACCGAUUCAGUGACAACGAGGAGGAGGAGCGAAGUCGCCCGUCACGGAACGGCCAGUCUGGGAGGUCGGUGUUCAAAGACGAGGAGGAAACCGUGACGACCAAGAGUGUCCAGAUCGUUCAGGCAACAGAAACCACAGCAACCAGGAAGAGAGGCGGGAUUCCAUCCAAAACUGUGUCCCUGGGAGCCGCGGCCCACUACACAGGAGACAACAGCCCCGAUACCUCCGCCAAACAGACUCCGUCCGCAGCAGCCCCUCAGCCCCCCAGUAGUGGUCUGGCUGACCUAUUCAUGGUAGAUACAGGACCCAGCCAGCCUGCAGCACCCACCGACCUGAUAGGAGGAUUUGCUGACUUUUCUUCUCCUGCUGCUUCUGUCGGCCUCUCCACAGUACCUGCCUCGAGUGGGAACAGUGAUUUUGGGGACUGGAAUGCUUUUCCUGAGGGACAGGCCCCCGUCCCCACCCCUUUCGCCCAGCCUCUGGCCCCUAGCAACACUGACCUGUUUGGGGCUCUGGCUCCAGCCUCAACUGACCUGUUUGAUCUGAUGGGUCCGGUCCAGACUCAGUCUCUCUCUGCCUCUCAGAGCCUCACCUUCAAUAUGACCAGCACACAGAAUGUGACCAGUACCAUGCCACAUUCCACAUCACUGCCCUUCCAGGUGAUGAGCGGUCCGUUGCAGCCCCAGCAGCAGCAGCAAGUCAUGCUGGGUACCCAGGGUUCCAUGGGGUCAGCGAUCCCCUCCACCUGGUCUGACUCCUCGGUCAACAUCAGUCUGGACUUCCUGGCACCCGGCGUGCAGCCUCCCAAACCGGCCCAGCCCACCCUCAAAACCCUCCAAGGAGUCCAGCCCCUCCCACCUGUCAACAUGCUCUCGCAGGGAUUCGCCGGCAUGGGCCUCGCCCCCUCCCCCAUCAGAACCCCUACAACUCCCAUGAUGUACCCCGGUGCUGGGAUGGGCAUGGCCCCCGGCCAGGGCAUGAUGGGAAUGGGCAUGGCCCCCGGCCAGGGCAUGAUGGGAAUGGGCAUGAACAUGGGUGCUAUGCCCCAGGCUAACAUGACCAUGGGGAUGAGGAUGCCAGCCAUGUCUAUGGGUUCUGGCAUGGUACAGCAGCAGCCCAAGCAAGGAGUGGACGCCUUCGCUGAUUUCGGCAACUUCAGGAAGUGAGGGAAGAGGUGACGUGAAGGAAAGGGUUUUCUGUUUUUCUCUCCAACAGACUGUCCAUGAAGGAUUGUAAAGAGCUGCAAACAAAGAGUACUUGAAUGUUGUCAAAUAUCAAAUACUGACUGCCUCCACUUCCUGUUUCUUUCCUUUAAGUGAUAUAUAGAGACAUGAAUAUACACGAUUGUAUGCAUCUUUUAAUCAGUUGGAACUUGCAAUCACGUACCUUUUAGAGUGUAUUCAGUCCAGUAAUGGUUGUGUGCUGUUCAGGUUUGAAUCGGAGAGAACAACUGAGAGCAAAAAACACGGUGCCAGAAUAAUGCAGAGAUUUUUCACUUUAAAAUGUAUGUCAAACAAAAACCAAUGAUUGCAAAGUUAAACAACCCAUACAACUCUAUGCACAAGGACGGCUUUUAAACUUGUAUGGUUUGUUUAACUUCUCAAUAAUAGUUUUUUGUUCGUAUUGCUUUUUAAAGCACCAUUCUGUUACCAUGGAAUUGUCCAGGUGAAACUUCAAGAGAAUGUCAGUGGGCUUUUGCUUUACUUAACCAAUUAGUUGUCCAGAGUAGCAAAAAGGUAGUUUUAUAUGAUAAUCCCACCCCAAUAAUUCCCCAUCCACCUCUUUUAGAAUGUCAGGUUCUCUCGACCUGUCCCUUCCCUACAACUGUAAAUAUUACUGCUGCGACAGACAUAAAUUAUUGAGUACUUGAUUAUGAUAUGAUGAUGUCGUGAAGAGGUGGGUGUCAAUUGGACGGAACCAGAUGUCAAUCAAGACGUUGCUAUUGCACGCUACAUUGCCACGGAGCCGGUCUUUAAUACCUACUUUAUAUAACAGCGUUCCACACUCCAAAUGUGGAGUUUGUGUUCAAUAUUAGAUUUAACAAAUCAAUCAAUCGUUUAUGGAUGGAUGGAUUUAAUAAGUGAAUGAAUGAGAUGAUUGAAAGUUGUUAAUUGAAGAAGCUGUGGUAACAAUAACACAGAUCUCCUUUGUGGCCUUUCUUAUGGGUAUAUAUUUUUUAAAGAACUAUAAUCUUUUUUUCCUUGCAUCCAAAUAAGAUGAUCAGUAGCUGUAGGAACAACCUCCUGGUAGGUCUGUGUUCUUUAAGUACAUGGUGCCUGUGAGACAGAGGCCUUUUUCCUUCAUCAUAACUUACAGGAGACAGACGGAGAGACGAUACAACUAUAGUGUUCAUGACAGUUACUGUUAGGAGUCAGCACAGUAUGUAUGUGUGGUUCUUACUGCUCCCUCUGUCCCCUGGGACCCUUGUGGAAUAGGGGGGAAGAUGUCCCUAGAUGCUGAUCUUGGGUCAGUUUUGCGUUUCCCUCCACUAAUGGUUUAGGUUAGGAUUGGGGGUGGGGAAGCUGAUCCUAGCUCUGUACUUAGGGGAGAAUUCACUCCGGAGUGGAUCUCUGAAGGAGAGGUUUCUGACAGUGCAGGUCUAGGAGAGGAUUGCUCUUGUUUGUUGUUGUUUUUUUGGGGGGUGGGGGUCGUACAUCUUAUAUGGCACCCUAUACACUUUAUAGUGCACUACUUCCAACCAGAGCCCAUAGGACUCGGGUCAAUAGUAGUGCACUAAUAUAGGAAAUGGGUACAUGCGAUACAAGCUUAGCGAGUACCUCACAUGUAAACUAGACUCCUCUAUUUCAGAGCUAUGUCCUCUUCCAGGAGUUCGGGUCAAUUCUGGAAGUACACUGAAAUUCAAUUUUUCUUCAAUGCUUUUCAUAAGGAAAAUGUUGAAUGUAGUUUUACUUUCUAAAUGGACUGAAAUGGAAUUGACCCCAACCCUGCACAGAUAAACACAGCAGCCUUCUCUCUGAGCUGAGGCUUCUGCUGGAAAUGACCAAAAUGUAGCAACUCUUGUUUGUUUUUCUAAGAGAUGAUGUCCUUAGGGGGUUGUGUUUUAUUCUUUCGUUGGUUUAUUUUUUUCUACUUAUUACAAUUGUUCUGAGAUCUUCUGUAAUGUGGUAUUGUUACAAAAUAAAAACACUAGUUUAUGCAAAUGUAUAAAAAGAAAAAGCGCCGCAUCACCAACGAAAAGAGCCUUGAAAAAUGUUUUUGUUUGAUUGUCCCAUGAUCCUUUUAUCUACGGCAUUAAAACAGUUGAUUACA